AUGCUUAGCGAUGUUAUCUCAACGGGUAUUAAGAGGAUGCUGUCCAUGUUUGACGACUCGUUUGACGACUCGCUACCUGAUGAACCUUGGAUCCUGGGCUAUGAAGAUGUCCUCGAAGCAAGAGCGCUACUCAGUGGCCUAGGCCUACCUAUGGAACUGGCUCUGGAAAUACUCGACUACGCACAUUACUGGCCAACACGCCAGUUCUCUAUCCAGAAUAAGAAAAGCGUCAAAGCCGCAGCUACCAUGUUUCGAUCAAGCGCAGCAGCACUUUGCCUUGAUGUCGACGCUUUCAACGACCCCACUGUCGAAAGUCUCCGAAAGUGCGAGGAAAAGGUCAAGAUAAAAGCUAUUGAAUUCCACAUACGGAGUCGGGAUCAGGGAUGGACCUCGGAGCCGACAGUGGGGACCUUCAACACGUCGUCUUGGCUCGAGGCUUCGAUUCUGCGAGGCGUUGAAAACCACACCAUUUCGUUCCCACCAUCAUGCUGGCUAGAUAGCGUCUUCGCAUCGCCCAAGUCGUUUCAAGACCACGUAACGCCAAGCGGAUGGCAGCUUGUCGAGCGCCCGGAACACGCCGAGCAAGGACCUCAGGGAGGCGAAGGAGACUUGGCUUGGUACCUUCAAGGCAACCGUGUUGCUACGCAGGGCCGUCUGGAGGAGUACCACGUUCUCUGGACUCACGACGGCCACGAGGGCAAUGAAGGGUCUGGGACGGGUGAUGGAUUCUUGCAAAACUUGAAAGACGGAGACCGGUUACUGGUCUGGGCCCGAGCAAAGUGGCCUGGAUGGCAAUGUUUCGUCGAGAGCGUCAACAUCACCGUACAUUAUGGCUUCUCAUAA